UUAUAGCAUUACCCUGCUUCAAGUCUUCUUCUUCUUCCCUUCUUGACAUCUUCUACCCUACCAUAAGAGGCUCGUGGUUCAUAAACCAUAGCCAUGAGUUCAGACAAUGAAAUGGCCGUUUUUGGGGAAGCGGCCCCUUACUUAAGAAAGUCUGAAAAGGAACGUAUUGAGGCUCAGAACAAGCCUUUUGAUGCCAAGACAUCGGUAUUUGCUGUAGAACCUAAGGAAUCUUUUGUAAAAAGCACCAUCCAAAGCCGAGAAGGAGGAAAGGUGACUGUAAAAACGGAAGCUGGAGUAACACUAACAGUGCGGGAAGAUCAAAUCUUCCCUAUGAACCCUCCCAAAUAUGACAAGAUUGAGGACAUGGCCAUGAUGACUCAUUUGCAUGAGCCUGCUGUCCUGUAUAACCUCAAAGAACGUUAUGCAGCCUGGAUGAUCUAUACUUACUCAGGACUCUUUUGUGUCACUGUCAAUCCCUACAAGUGGUUGCCAGUGUAUAACCCUGAGGUAGUGGCUGCCUACAGGGGCAAAAAGAGGCAGGAGGCCCCUCCCCACAUCUUCUCCAUCUCUGAUAAUGCCUAUCAGUUCAUGUUAACUGAUCGGGAGAAUCAGUCAAUCUUGAUCACUGGAGAAUCCGGUGCUGGAAAGACUGUCAACACCAAGCGUGUCAUUCAGUAUUUUGCAACAAUUGCAGUGACUGGAGAGAAGAAGAAGGAAGAGCCUGGAAAGAUGCAGGGGACACUGGAAGAUCAAAUCAUCAGUGCCAAUCCCCUGUUGGAAGCUUUUGGCAAUGCCAAGACUGUGAGGAAUGACAAUUCUUCUCGCUUUGGUAAGUUCAUCAGGAUUCAUUUCAGUACCACAGGGAAACUAGCUUCAGCAGACAUUGAAACAUAUCUGCUAGAGAAGUCUAGAGUUACUUUCCAGCUAAAAGCUGAAAGAAGCUAUCACAUUUUUUAUCAGAUCACAUCAAACAAGAAACCAGAACUAAUUGAAAUGCUUCUGAUUACCACCAACCCAUAUGAUUAUCCAUUUAUAAGUCAAGGAGAGAUCACUGUUGCCAGCAUUAAUGACCAAGAGGAGUUGAUGGCUACUGAUAGUGCCAUUGAUAUAUUGGGCUUCACACCUGAUGAAAAAGUGGCCAUUUACAAGCUUACUGGGGCCGUCAUGCAUUAUGGGAACAUGAAAUUCAAACAAAAGCAGCGAGAGGAACAAGCUGAACCAGAUGGCACUGAAGUUGCUGACAAAGCUGCCUAUCUUCAGAGUCUGAAUUCUGCAGACCUGCUCAAAGCAUUGUGCUAUCCUAGGGUGAAAGUUGGCAAUGAAUAUGUCACCAAAGGCCAGACUGUAGAGCAAGUAUGUGCCUUACUUCAGUUAAUUGCAAAUGAUUUGGGUAUUCUUUACAUUUUCCCAAUAACUACAGGAAUUAUAUUUUUGUACUUCAAGGUGACUAAUGCUGUAGGUGCACUAGCUAAAGCUAUGUAUGAGAAGAUGUUCCUGUGGAUGGUCACUCGUAUCAACCAGCAACUGGAUACCAAACAGCCCAGACAAUACUUCAUUGGAGUCUUGGACAUUGCUGGAUUUGAGAUCUUUGAUUUCAACAGCCUGGAGCAGCUGUGCAUCAACUUUACUAAUGAGAAACUGCAACAAUUUUUCAACCACCACAUGUUCGUGCUGGAGCAGGAGGAGUACAAGAAGGAAGGCAUCGAGUGGGAGUUCAUUGACUUUGGGAUGGACCUGGCUGCCUGCAUUGAGCUCAUUGAAAAGCCAAUGGGCAUUUUCUCCAUCCUAGAAGAGGAAUGUAUGUUCCCCAAGGCAACAGACACUUCUUUCAAGAACAAGUUGUAUGAGCAGCAUCUUGGAAAGUCCAGCAAUUUCCAGAAACCCAAAGUUGUCAAAGGAAAGGCUGAGGCCCACUUCUCUCUGAUUCACUAUGCUGGUACUGUGGACUACAACAUUGCAGGCUGGUUGGACAAGAAUAAGGACCCUCUGAAUGAGACUGUGGUUGGACUGUACCAGAAAUCCUCAAUGAAAACUCUAGCUUUCCUAUUCUCUGGGACACAGACAGCUGAAGCAGAGACUACUGGUGGAGCUGCCAAGAAAGGUUCUAAGAAAAAGGGUUCUUCUUUCCAGACAGUAUCAGCUCUUUUCAGGGAGAAUUUAAAUAAGUUGAUGACCAACUUGAGGAGCACUCACCCUCAUUUUGUACGGUGUAUCAUUCCCAAUGAAACUAAAACUCCUGGUGCCAUGGAACAUGAACUGGUCCUGCACCAGCUAAGGUGUAAUGGUGUGCUAGAAGGCAUCAGAAUCUGUCGGAAAGGAUUCCCAAGUAGAAUCUUGUAUGCUGACUUCAAACAGAGGUACAAAGUUUUAAACGCAAGUGCUAUUCCUGAAGGACAAUUCAUUGAUAGCAAGAAGGCAUCUGAGAAACUUCUGGGAUCUAUUGAUAUUGAUCAUACCCAGUAUAAAUUUGGCCAUACAAAGGUCUUUUUCAAAGCUGGUCUUUUGGGUCUCCUGGAAGAGAUGAGAGAUGACAAGUUAGCACAGCUUAUUACGCGAACUCAAGCCAUGUGCCGGGGUUUCUUAGCAAGAGUAGAAUACCAGAAGAUGGUGGAAAGAAGGGAAUCCAUUUUCUGUAUCCAAUACAAUAUUCGAGCCUUCAUGAAUGUUAAGCAUUGGCCCUGGAUGAAACUAUUUUUUAAAAUCAAGCCUCUACUGAAGAGUGCUGAGACUGAAAAGGAGAUGGCCACCAUGAAGGAAGAAUUUCAGAAAACUAAAGAUGAACUUGCCAAAUCUGAAUCUAAAAGGAAAGAAUUGGAAGAAAAAAUGGUAUCCUUGCUGAAAGAGAAAAAUGAUUUGCAACUCCAAGUCCAAUCUGAAGCUGAAAGUUUGGCUGAUGCUGAGGAGAGAUGCGACCAGCUAAUCAAAACUAAAAUCCAACUUGAGGCUAAAAUCAAAGAAGUGACUGAAAGGGCUGAGGAUGAGGAGGAAAUCAAUGCUGAACUGACAGCCAAGAAGAGGAAAUUGGAAGAUGAAUGUUCAGAGCUUAAGAAAGAUAUUGAUGACCUUGAGUUGACACUGGCCAAGGUGGAAAAGGAGAAACAUGCUACUGAGAAUAAGGUGAAAAACCUCACAGAGGAGAUGGCAGGGCUAGAUGAAACCAUUGCUAAGCUUACCAAAGAGAAGAAAGCUCUCCAAGAGGCCCAUCAGCAGACCCUGGAUGAUCUGCAGGCAGAAGAGGACAAAGUGAAUACACUGACCAAAGCUAAAAUCAAACUGGAACAGCAAGUGGAUGAUCUUGAAGGUUCUCUUGAACAAGAAAAGAAACUCCGCAUGGACCUAGAGAGAGCAAAGAGAAAACUUGAAGGUGACCUGAAGUUGGCCCAAGAAUCAAUCAUGGAUCUGGAAAAUGAGAAACAACAGCUUGAUGAAAAAUUUAAAAAGAAAGAGUUUGAAAUCAGCAACCUACAAAGCAAAAUUGAAGAUGAACAAGUACUAGGGGUUCAGUUGCAGAAGAAGAUCAAGGAGUUGCAGGCCCGCAUUGAAGAACUGGAGGAGGAAAUUGAAGCAGAACGCGCCUCACGGGCAAAAGCUGAGAAGCAGAGAUCUGAUCUCUCCAGGGAGCUUGAGGAGAUCAGUGAGCGCUUGGAAGAAGCGGGUGGAGCAACUUCAGCUCAGAUUGAGAUGAACAAGAAACGAGAGGCUGAAUUCCAGAAGAUGCGCAGGGACCUUGAAGAGGCCACCCUGCAGCAUGAAGCCACAGCUGCCACUCUGCGCAAGAAGCAUGCUGAUAGUGUUGCAGAACUUGGAGAACAAAUUGAUAAUCUGCAGAGGGUCAAACAGAAACUGGAGAAAGAGAAGAGUGAAAUGAAGAUGGAGAUUGAUGACCUUGCCAGCAAUGUAGAAACUAUUUCUAAAGCCAAGGGUAACCUUGAAAAAAUGUGCCGUACCCUGGAGGAUCAAGUUAGUGAGCUUAAAUCAAAGGAAGAAGAACAGCAGCGCUUAAUCAAUGACUUGACAACUCAGAGAGGGCGCUUACAGACCGAAUCUGGUGAAUAUUCACGUCAGCUGGAUGAAAAAGAUGCUUUAGUUUCUCAGUUGUCAAGAGGAAAACAAGCAUUUACACAGCAGAUUGAGGAAUUAAAAAGGCAACUUGAAGAAGAGACCAAGGCCAAAAAUGCACUAGCCCAUGCCCUUCAGUCAUCCCGCCAUGACUGUGACUUGUUAAGAGAACAAUAUGAAGAAGAACAAGAAUCCAAGGCUGAGCUACAGAGGGCAUUGUCCAAGGCCAAUAGUGAGGUUGCCCAAUGGAGAACCAAAUAUGAGACAGAUGCUAUUCAACGCACAGAAGAACUGGAAGAGGCCAAGAAAAAGUUGGCCCAGCGUCUACAGGAUGCUGAGGAACAUGUAGAAGCUGUGAAUGCCAAAUGUGCCUCUCUCGAAAAGACUAAGCAAAGGCUGCAGAAUGAAGUGGAGGACCUGAUGCUUGAUGUGGAGAGGACAAAUGCAGCCUGUGCAGCCCUAGAUAAAAAGCAAAGGAAUUUUGACAAGAUCUUGGCAGAAUGGAAACAGAAAUAUGAAGAAACUCAUGCUGAGUUAGAAGCUUCCCAGAAGGAGUCUCGAUCCCUCAGCACAGAGCUGUUCAAAAUGAAGAAUGCUUAUGAAGAAUCUUUAGACCAUCUUGAAACUCUCAAGAGAGAAAAUAAGAACUUGCAGCAGGAGAUUUCUGAUCUGACCGAGCAGAUUGCUGAAGGAGGCAAACGAAUCCAUGAACUGGAGAAAAUAAAGAAACAAAUUGAGCAAGAAAAAUGUGAACUUCAGACUGCUUUAGAAGAAGCUGAGGCUUCUCUUGAACAUGAAGAAGGGAAAAUCCUUCGCAUCCAACUUGAGUUGAAUCAAGUAAAGUCUGAAAUUGAUAGGAAAAUCGCUGAAAAAGAUGAAGAAAUUGAUCAGCUGAAAAGAAAUCACAUCCGUGUUGUGGAGUCUAUGCAGAGCACACUAGAUGCUGAGAUCAGAAGCAGGAAUGAUGCUAUAAGGAUAAAGAAAAAGAUGGAGGGAGAUCUGAAUGAAAUGGAAAUCCAGCUGAACCAUGCCAACAGAAUGGCUGCAGAGGCCCUAAGGAACUACAGAAAUACUCAAGGAAUACUUAAAGAUACUCAGAUCCAUCUGGAUGAUGCUCUCCGAGGUCAAGAAGACCUGAAAGAGCAGCUGGCAAUGGUUGAGCGCAGAGCCAACCUCUUGCAAGCGGAGAUUGAGGAGCUGCGGGCCACUUUGGAACAAACUGAGAGGAGCAGGAAGGUAGCAGAACAAGAACUUUUGGAUGCCAGUGAGCGUGUGCAACUCCUACAUACUCAGAACACCAGCUUGAUCAACACCAAGAAGAAGCUGGAAACAGAUAUUGCCCAAAUCCAGGGUGAGAUGGAAGACAUGAUUCAGGAAGCCCGGAAUGCAGAAGAGAAGGCCAAGAAGGCUAUCACUGAUGCAGCCAUGAUGGCUGAAGAGUUGAAGAAGGAGCAGGACACCAGUGCCCAUCUGGAAAGGAUGAAGAAGAACAUGGAACAGACUGUGAAGGACUUGCAGCAUCGCUUGGAUGAGGCUGAGCAACUGGCACUGAAAGGAGGAAAGAAGCAGAUCCAGAAACUGGAAGCCAGAGUACGUGAGCUUGAAGGGGAGGUUGAAAGUGAACAGAAACGCAAUGUUGACACUGUGAAGAGUCUACGUAAACAUGAGAGGAGAGUGAAGGAGCUCACUUACCAGACUGAAGAAGACCGAAAGAAUGUGCUCAGACUUCAGGACUUAGUGGAUAAACUCCAGGCAAAAGUGAAAUCUUACAAGAGACAAGCUGAGGAAGCUGAGGAACAGUCCAACACAAACCUCUCCAAAUUCCGCAAGAUUCAACAUGAACUGGAAGAAGCUGAAGAGCGGGCAGACAUUGCUGAGUCUCAGAUCAACAAACUGCGGGUAAAGAGCAGGGAGGUUCACACGAAGAUUGUAAGUGAAGAAUAAUCAUGGCCUACUGCUACAUAUAAGGUGGCUGAAGAAAUAUACAUAAUGUGAAAUUCUUGGUCACUUUAACCUGUAAUUAUGUCUUUCAAGUAAAGGAAAUAAAAGUUGUAGGAUGUUUUGCAAAGAAAA